AUGUCUGCCAACGAAGAUUUAGUGAUUUCGGGCACCAAAACAGAUUCAAUUUCGAAAAGAAGAGAUCUCUCGUACUCUGCAUUCCGUAAUCUUGGCCUCAAUUCUGUACAAACACUUCGAUCAGGCGUAAUUAGUGUAGGAAAGUUCGAUUCUAAAACCACUGAAACCACUGUUGAUAAAAAUAAAUUCAUCAUCACUGUUGCAGGAGAAAGAGUUACGGUGAUCACUAACGAUUGUGAUUUUGGUUUAUUUGAGUGGCUUCCAACCGAAAUAAAAGAACUAUAA